UUGCUAGGGUAUAAAUUGCAGCAGAAGCGCCUGGUAGAGGGUUUUAGGGCGUAAAAGAAGAAACGUAGCCGUAGAAGAGGGCUCUUUUUCGGGCGACCAAACUUUAUCUUGCUGAGAAAAUCUUUCCAAAGGUACGCGGAUUUACAGACUCCCCCAGAUCCCCUCAACCAAACCCUAGGUUCUUCUUCUCAUUCUCCAUCACUGCCCGCUUCGUCUCUUGCCGAGAAGCUGCUUUCACUUCCCCGAUUCACUGUUCCUGUUCCCGGUUGCUGUGAAUUCGUCUCUUCGUCAGUCUCGCUGACGAUUCGUGAUGUUGUGUUUUUCACUGUGUUCGCAGAUGGAUCGGUACCAGAGAGUUGAGAAGCCGAGAGCUGAGACUCCUAUCGAUGAGAACGAGAUUCGAAUUACUAGCCAGGGAAGGAUGCGCAGCUAUAUCUCCUACGCCAUGAGCCUGCUUCAAGAGAAAGGUGCAGAUGAAAUUGUAUUCAAGGCAAUGGGAAGGGCCAUCAAUAAGACCGUGACCAUAGUGGAACUUAUCAAGAGGAGGAUCGUUGGUCUUCAUCAAAUCACAUCAAUUGGGUCCACUGAUAUAACAGAUACUUGGGAGCCCCUCGAGGAAGGACUUCUUCCUUUGGAGACUACAAGGCAUGUGUCAAUGAUUACAAUAACGCUCUCCAAGAAGGAAUUGGAUACAGCUUCUGUUGGGUGAGUUUAAUUGAUUAUGAUCAAAGGAAUGUUUUGUCUGUGAUGUAUCUUUUCAAACUGUUUGGUGAGUCCUUUUAUGCUUUUCAUUUUGAGCUUAUUGUAGCUGGGAAAUCACAAUGUUUUUUGGUUUAAACUUGUGAUGUGUAUCCCUUUUUAGGCCCGGUUCCAAAAAUUAUCUAUCCAUUCAUAUUGUAUAGCCAUCUCUCUACUGUUUUGGAAUCUAAAUUGAGAGGUUUUAGGAUCUGGGGUUACUGAUUAGGUACUAGAUGCAUUGUUCAGUUGACAGGUUGGUUUGUUCGGACAUGUUGCAGCCUUUGGUUGGCUUUUCUCCAAGCUAUAACAGUUUCCUAUUGUUGCAAAAAAUUUACUGCAUCUGGUUAUUGUUGAUGAUCCUUCUCCUAGGUGUGGUCGUUGCUCAAGUGACUAAUAGUAGCCAUUUUUGGCAUAUUUUGCUACUACUCGUAUCUAUCUAUUCUUACAUGCUGCUGUUCCAUUCAGGUAUCAGCCCCCAUUACCUGAAGACCAGGUGAAAGCCUCAACAGAUUAUGAAUAUGAAGGAGGAGAGGGAUCUCCUAAUGGCCGAGGGAGAGGUCGUGGUGGCAGGGGAAGGUCAAGGGGCAGAGGGAAUGGAUAUGUGUCUGGUGAGUACGAAGAUGGUGGUUGGGACCAACAAGGCUAUUCCAGGGGCAGGGGUAGGGGUCGGGGUAGAGGACGUGGCGGAUUCCGCGGCCGUGGUAGAGGUGCCUAUAAUGGUCCUCCUCCUGCUGAACCACAACAGGAAGAUGGUGGCUUCUAUGAUGCUCCUCCUCAAGCCCGUGGGCGUGGCCGUGGGAGAGGUGGAUACCGUGGAAGGGGCCGUGGUGGAGGUAGAUCGAAUGGACCAGCAAUCCAGGCAGCUGCAUGAUAAUGAGACGUUACGGUCUUCAACUGGGAUUCUGGUCUCCGCAGUUUUCUUCUCCUGGCAAUGUUUUUAUCAGCUCGUUAUUAUCCUCUUUUUGUUUGUUCAUUCCAAAAUUUUGGGAUUCUGUCGUGCGCUUGUUUGCCGGUUUGGUGGCAAGUUAGAGAUUCUCUGUGUUUAACUGUUAGGACAUUUUCUUCCCAUAUAUGUGUAACCACAGUUUAGACUAAUCCUUUGUAGUCUUGAAAUUUGUUGUGUUUUAGGUCGUUUUAGAUUGUGGUUGAACAAAUAACUCUGUAACAAUCUCCCUUUUUAAGUUGUUACGGUAAGCAUUCUUUUAUU